AUGGUUAAAAUUAUUGUUUUAGGAGCCGGAGUUGUUGGAUUAACUACGGCCAUUGAGCUCAAGAAAUGGAACCCUAGCUUGGAAAUCACAAUUGCAGCUCACCAUUUCCCAGGUGAUUUUGAUCCUUCAUACACCUCUCCAUGGGCUGGAGCUAACUGGCAGUCUUUUGCAACUGGCAUGGACUCGCAAUUGCAGAAGAUAGACUGGCCAGGGUACGAAAGGUUUUUGCGAUUGGCAAAGAAUGACCCCAGGGCUGGCGUGUGGGUAGUCGAUGAUACGUCGUACCAUACAAAGUAUGAAGUUGCAGCAGCCAAGGGAAACUUUCAAAGCUUUAUUCCAUGGUAUAAAGAUGUCGUUCAAGGUUUCAAAGUAAUUGAUGAGGAAAAGAUUCCAUUUGGAGACAUUUCACUUGGUACCACUUUCAAAGGUGUUGUGAUCACUGUACCCAUAUACCUUUCGUACUUGGUCCAGCAAAAUAAGGAAUUGGGAAACAAAUUUAAGAAGAUUCCUCUCAUUAAAGAUAUUAGGGAGGCAAGGGGCAUUACAGGUAAUCCUGACUACGUCAUCAACGCAACUGGAUUGGGAGCCACCAAGAUCCAAGGGGUGCAAGACAAAAAGAUAAACUUUCCUGUGAAAGGUCAAACCCUUUUGGUGAAGAACAACGCAAAGGGAACCGUGUCAGUCCUGGGAUUUCCUGGGUACACAGACGAGAUGCUUUAUGUAAUGCCCAGAAGAGAUGGAGGGUCGAUUAUUGGCGGAUGCUUCAGACCUGGCGAUGAAUCAACCACUGAAGAUAAAGAGUUAACGGCUAGGUUAAUCAGACGAGCAACCAAGUAUGUUCCCGAAUUGGUAAACCCAAAGUUCAAAAAUAAUUCCACCAAGAUUGAAAUUGACAAGGUUAAUGUAGGCUUCAGACCAUUUAGAGAAGACGGGCCCAGAAUCGAAGUCGACUCGAAAUACAAGUGGUUGAUUCAUGACUAUGGGGCUGGCGCUGGUGGAUAUCAAGGAAGUGUAGGCAUGGGGCAGAAAGUAGUCGAAGUUUUGAAGAGGGAAUUGUCACAAUCGAAAGCUAAGAUUUGA